AGAUGAUCAUUGUACAAGGCUUUGCCAUUCUGCGGUUCUGAGAUGGCCUGGUGUACGCUGCCAUCUCCCGUCCACGCACGUCUCGCGGCUUCCUGGGUGCUUUAAGCCCAGGGAUGCGCUGAUUGGCCGAGCCCGUCACCCAGUGUUCGGCGGCUCUGCAGGGACAAGGCACGGGCUCUGGGAGCCGGAGUCUGCAGGCCUUCUCUCUGCGAUCGCCUGGUCACUGCUGCCCAGGUGACUGUUCUCUCUGCCAACCGAUUACUAACACAGAUUCAAGGCACCAAGAAGGAGGUCAAGAUGGGAUUUGUAUUUUCAAAAUCUGUGAAUGAAAACAUGAAAAAUCAGCAGGAGUUCAUGCUCAUGAAUUCUCGGCUUCAGCUGGAAAGGCAGCUAAUGUUACAGAAUGAAAUGAGGGAGAGACAAAUGGCCAUGCAGAUUGCUUGGUCUCGGGAGUUCCUCAAGUAUUUUGGAACUUUUUCUGGCCUUGCAACCAUCUCACUAACAGCUGGAGCAAUAAAACGAAAGAAGCCAGCCCUUCUCAUCCCUAUUGUUCCAUUAAGCUUUAUCUUUGCCUACCAGUGUGACUUGGGGUAUGGAACCCUUCUACAAAGAAUGAAAGGUGAAGCAGAGGACAUACUGGAAACAGACAAGAGCAAAUUGCAACUGCCAGGAGGAAUGAUUACUUUUGAAAGUCUUGAAAAAGCCAGAAAGGAACAGAGUCGAUUCUUCAUAGACAAAUGAAGUUGUAUUGACCUACUGAAUCUUAGAACACAGAAUAGGUGGCUUGACUCGUGGUUUUUUUCUUUUUUUUUUUUUUACAACUUUUUAGAUGCUCAAGAUUUUGAUAAAUGAACUUAAUUUUAAAAUAUUAAAAUGUAAGAUGAGUUUUGUUGAACUAUCUUGAAAUAAAAUAUGUAACAAACAGCACAAAUUAUAGAGGUACAUUAAGCUGCUUUUGAAUUUACUGUGUAUGUGGGUUUUACAGAUAUCCAAAUUGGAAAAAUUAAUAAAUUAUGUUGUUUUUAAGUCUUGGAAAAAAA